AUUUAAGAUUCGUUCAAAGCUCUACUUGUGCAUUCUCGUUCUGGAAUAAUGAAAAUUACAUUUUUCUCUGAUCACAUUUACAUUUUAAAAUGUUUACUUCGUUUAUACAUGCCAGAUGUAAUGAUGAUUAACCUAAACAGAAAUUUAUCACCCCCCCGAUCUACUUAUCAAUGUAUUGGUUGGUUUUUAGAUUUUAUUUCAACGAUUUACACAAUUUGUAUGUUAGAACCAAUUUUAAAUUGUUUCUCUUUAUACCUUGGUGGUCGAAAAAAUUUCGGUCGAACUCUAAUCGCAUUAGUAUUAACUUAUUUGUGCUUGAUUCUAUGUUUAUUGUAUACAGUCCUGAUACCACGUCGUCUUUUCAUUUUGAAUUCAUGCUAUUUAUAUGAUGAAUAUAAUUCAAGCAAGUGUAGUUUACGUACUGAGGGUACAUGGUUUUUGUUACAUUUUACAUUGAGUCAUUUAAUCGUCGCCAAUGUUUAUUUCCAUUAUUUAUCUGCUGUUUUAAUUAAUCCCGGUAAUGUACCACAAAUUCCUUAUAAUACGUCUAGUAAUACUAAUACUACAUGUUCACGAUGUUUUUUAUCACGUCCGAAAAGAGCACAUCAUUGUGCUAUAUGUAAAACAUGUAUAUUAUAUAUGGAUCAUCAUUGUCCAUGGACAGCUAAUUGUAUUGGUUUGUAUACACAUCGACAUUUUUAUUUAGCAUUGAUAUUCAUGAGUAUUGGUGGGAUAUAUUUACUGAAUGUUGGUUGGUCAGACUUUCGAAGCUACUUAUUGGAAAUUAAUCAAAAUCAAAUUAAUAUCACCGUAAAGUAUUCAUCAAUUUGGUUCAGCCAUAACACAUAUUUACCAUCGAAUAAAUUCUUCAUUCAAUUGUAUAAAGGAUGUUUCAUUUUCAGUGUAAUUGCAGUUCCUUUAGUAAUUGCUCUAUGCGCUUGGCAUACAUAUUUAAUUAGUAAUGGUGAGACAAGUAUUGAACGACAUAUCAAUGCAAAAUUCACAAAAAUAUUAAGACAACGUGGAGUAAUUUAUCGUAAUCCGCAUGACUUUGGUAUAUUUUUAAAUUGGAUAAAAUUUCUAUGUCUUAUUGAUAAACAUGAAAUGGCUAAUUACGAUAUCAAGAAAAAAUCAUUUCGUCUAUAUUUUGUACUUUGUAAAAGGUUUUUUAAUCGUAUUCUAUUGCCUUCAUAUCAUAAACCUUAUGAUGAUGGUUUUAACUAUGAAUUGAAUUUGAAUACUGCUGAGUCAGUUCUAGAAUCUUUGUCAGAGUCUGGAAUAUUGUAAUGUACUUUCCGUCUUUGUAAUUUUUAGAUCUUGUUUCGCGUCAUUUCAAAACUCUAUAUUUCUUUUUGUUUUCUAUUUCGUGGUAUAUUACUUAUUACUGUUCAAGCAGUAUAAGUAUAUUCGUUGUCGUUACGGGUAGCUUUUGUGUUUUAAGAAAAACCAUGUAUUCUCUCAGUUUGUAUUCGUUUUUAUUUGCUUCGCAACAGCAGUAAAGGGAGUUGUGUCGAGUGCAUUUUACGUCUUGUCAGUAACGGCGAACUACGUUACAGGAUAUUAUUGUUAACAACAAGUCAUACACUAUGUUCACUAAAGUUGGUCGAAGUCAUCUGUAAUGUAAUACAAUAUUUUUAGUGGAGUAAUGCGUUGAAGGUUACCAAAUUGUCUGUUA